AUGGGGACUGGCCCUGGGGCUGGGGUGCAGGCUGUGGAGACCGAGUGUCCCUCCUACACCCUGCACAGCCCUGAACAAGGUGCCAGGCUUUCUACCUUUGCUGCUUUCGUGCCCUAUGGCACUGGCCAGGACGUGGGACAGUGUGGGGUGCAAGUAGUCUGUGUCUACACUGUGGAUCUGCGGCUGCAUUCUGGGGGUGCAGACAGGUUAGAAGGAGGCAGCCGAGACCCCCUUCUACUGCUGCAGGAGCUCCAGGCACGGUGGCCCCAAAAGAAGCUGAAGCAGCUCCGGGAGGAAGCCUGGCGGGGCUUUGCAGCCCUGGACGACCCUCUCACAGGACUCCUGGAUUUGCUGGAGGGUGGCCAGGCCGUCCACUCGCUGCAGGCCUGGGUCACCUGUGAGCUGCAACGCUGGCUACAGACACAGCCGCAUAAGAACCUCUCCCUCUUCCUCCAGGGCAGCCCAAAACUCAGGCAGCUGCAAGCCCGUGCAGUUGGGAUUCUUGUAGGGCGGCCGCUCAGUGUCGUGGAGCCACUGGCCAGCAUCUUCCAGCUGCAGGACGCUGACCAGUGCCUUCUGCUGGACCACACCAACAGUCUCCAUGACAAGGGCAAGUUCAAAGAGGCCAUCCUGCUGAGCACAAAGCUCAAGCUGCAGCCACAAUUGGACUUUGAGAAGAUGAGCAUCCCGUUGCUCCUUCAGAACAAGGUGAACCUGGUUGAGAGCUACGUGGACGGCUUCCCAGACCUGCAGAGGAGGCUGGUGGUCCUCAUGGACUCCUGGUGCCAGCCUGGCUUCAGCAUCCGAGACGUCGCCAAAAGAUUCCCAAAGGUGACAGCCACCAAGCUGGAGAUGCUGAGCCCAAAACUGCUUAGCAGACAGGUGAUACGUCUGCUGAAGCGAUGCGGCAUUGACCAAGCUCUGUGUCCUAAUGUUACCAACCAGCAAUGCUUGGGAACGCUGAGAUACCUGUGCUACAAACGUUUUGUAGAGAGAAGCCUGUCUCAGGAAAACUGGGCGGAUCUAGUGCAGGACCUGGUGGGGCCGAGCGAGUGGUUGCAGGACAGGCUCAUCCGGCUGUUGGCCUCUCAUGGUGGCCCAGCCAAGACCGCCCAAUGCAUCAGGGACCUCUCGCUGCUGGAGGAACGGCUGCCGGUUGCCGUGGCCAAGGAGCUAAGCCGGCUUCGGCUGCAGGACAGGAGGCUGGAGGAGUGUUGGGACCUGGACAGGAGCGCUUACUACCAGCUGCCCAUCACCAAGGAUCAUAUCCACUUCCUCACCACGUGGGAGGACCUGGCCCAGCAUGGGCCCCAGCUCCUGCAGCCCGGUGGUGUGGUAGGCCUGGACCUGGAGUGGAGGCCCUUGUUCCGGGUGGCGGGCCGCCCCUGCGCUUCCCUCGUGCAGCUGGCAAUGGAGGGCCGGGUGUUGCUGCUGGACGUACGUGCACUUUCGAAGCCGCCUGGGGGACAUGGGGCCCAGGCCUUGUCCCAGCUUCUGGGCCGCCUCCUCUCAGACCCCUCCAUCACCAAGCUGGGUUACGGGAUGGCGGGAGACCUGCAGAGCCUGGUCACCUUCUGCCCCGACCUCGCCGACGCCGAGAAACAGAUGCAGGGUGCCGUGGACCUGCAGUGGGUGCAUGGGCAGAUGCGAUCGCCAGACAUGCGUGGUCGGAGUGUGGAUGCCCCCGGGGCACCGCGGGGCCUGAGCCUCAUGGUAGAGCAGGUGCUGGGCAAACCCCUGGACAAGGCAGAGCAGCUUUCCAACUGGGACCGGCGGCCACUGCGGGAGAAGCAGAUCCUCUAUGCAGCUACAGAUGCUUACUGUCUGCUGGAGGUGUACAGGGCACUGUGCCGAGACCCCGCCCGCUUUCACCUGUCUGAGAACCUGGCCAAGAGCGUGGGGGCCAGGCGCAGCGUGAGAUCUGGGGCCCAGGGGUCACCUGGCCGGCAGGAGACCCUGACCCAACCCCAGCAGGUACCUGCAGCGGUGGGCAAGAGAGCAAUCCCUGAAGUCUUUGCCAGAGACUUCCGCGUAGUAUGUGACAACAUGCUACAGGGCCUGGCAAGGAGCCUGCGGUGCCUGGGCGUGGAUGUGAGUGUGCUGGACGCCGGGGAUGACCACCGCAGGGCAGCCGAGGUCGCCCGGAAGGAGGGGAGGGUCAUCCUGACGUCAGGGCUGCCUUAUCACAAGCUCCGGGCCCAGGUCGGGACUGGACGCUGCCUCUUGGUGGACUGCUCCCUCAGAGCCCGGGAGCAAGUUCGAGCUGUGCUCAGACACUUCAACAUAUGCGUCACCCUCUCUGACGUCUUCAGCCGUUGCCAGGUGUGUAACUGUGACCAGUAUCUGAAAGUCUCCAAGGACACGAUGGAGCAUCUCAUGCAACUCAACGGUCACUAUGAAGGCCCCAGUGGCACAGGUAGAACUGGCAAACAGGUCUCUCGACUACUGCUGGUCCUCGCAGCCACUGCCCACCACUUCCUGAGCGGCUCCCCAGCCAGCCGCACCACCCCCGGCCCUGCCCGCCCCAGCCCGGUGCUGGCUGGUUGCGAAACCAGCUCCUUGGCAGAAGGCUUAUCUGCUCAUCGCCACAAACGGGCCGCCCCCACCCGCACCCGCAACGUUCUCAGGCCCCCAAGUGACACUCAGGCCACCCCAAGGAAGGACAGGCAGGGGACAGCACCAGAACCAGUGUCCAGAGACUCUGUCUAUGACCACCCCUGCCCCUGGCUGGACACAGCAGACCUUCAGACCAUCACACCUGCCACGCUGGGCAACGGUACUCGGCUGCAGCUGGCGGGGGUCCCUACAGGCGUGCUGCGGCGCCCGGGCCAGUGGUCCUUCUAUUGCUGCACAGGCUGUGGCAAAGUCUUCUGGGAGGGCUCCCACCUGGGCCGUGUGACCGAGCAGUUCAGAGAUCUCCUGGGGACCAGCAGCCCCGCUGACAGCCCCACCCAGACAGCCCGAGCUGUCCUACAAUAA